UCGUGCCGUAUGCUGAUUUUCUCGAUUUUAUUAAGAUUGUAUUUCUCUUCAUAAUGUGUUUUGAUGUUUCUAAAGCCCCCGGAGGAAGAACAUAAUUUUUCUUUUAUCUCGAAUCUAGCAUUCUCGCCUCAUGCAACAAAGCAGGUGGGUCUUAGUAAGAUGAAUAGAAUCUGCAUAAAGGAUGAAUUUGGCAACGAUCGGUGCUUUCUUGGCGAGGACAUACGGCUUCCACAAUUCCAAAAAGACAAUCUUAGCCUCGAGGACCGCUUGAGACUCAUCCACAACUUUGACCUUAGACCUGACGACGUCAUUGUUGCCGGUUACCCGAGGUCAGGUAACAACUGGCUUCAUCAGAUGAUCUACAUGUUGCUGGAAGGAACCCUGGACCCACCUCCCUUGUUUGGACCGGAUUCUUAUGUAAACCUGGAGUCAGCCUCAGACACUAGUCGCGUCCCCCCACCUGUCAAACCUCGCGCUCUUUUCACGCACCUUCUCUUCAAGGACCUGCCAAAGGUCGUCACUGAAAAAAAGGUCAAGGUGGUGCACAUCACUCGGAAUCUCAAGGAUGUCUUCGUGUCUUUGUAUUGUCUUACAGAAAAAUUUACUAUAUGCCAAUAUCAUCCACCGUGGCCAGAGUUUCUUUCUACUAUGCUAGAUAAUGGCUGACGCAGUUGGCCAUCUGGAACACAUUGACCGGUUCCUGGAGAGAAACAGAGGAAGACCUUUCUGCCAGGCGGUGGUUGACAAGUGUCACAUCAACAACAUGGUCAAUCU